AAUUCCCUGACUGGCGUAUUCACGAGCUCAAUGAUCCCCAAUGAAACUAUCGAAGUGACACCAUACGUUCCCCAGUUCUUCUGGCGGUUUUGGCUGUCCGACGCGUGAGGGAUUCGUUGAUGACUCCCAUUUUAUCGCUGACAGGAGAGACAUACAUGAUACCUAGCGAUCCAUUGAAGCACACCCUUGACGAUCACCGCGUCCAUACUUAUGACGUCUACAACAACGAGCUCACUGAAACACGUCGUGUUCCCGAGCAAGUUCCAAUCUUCCACAACUUUGACAUCACAUCUUUGGAUGAAGGUUGCCGCUCUGUCUUGCGUACCGCAGAGAAGGCAUUCACACGUCUGGAAAAUGAAGCGGAGCGGAUCCUCAGUGAAUUGAUUUCAAAGAUCCGCUCUUCACACUCUGGGGAAUCACGACCGGAAACGAGGCUCGAACUACCAAUUUCGAGACAUUCCCGAGAUGCAUUGCUCCGGUACUUUGUAUUCUUGCGGUACCGAAACAGUGACAAGUACAAGAAGACGGUUGCCAGCUUGACAACACGUGUUGUUACUGGCAGUGGUGCGGUCGUUAAUGCGAGGCAUGCAUGGCAUCGGGUUCGGAGACGUGCUACGUUGGGAAGUUUUCAUGCUUUCCUGCAGCAUGAGAACACGGCGGACAAGAAGGUGUUCCGCCACUUCGAGGGCCUUGACUGCUGGAGGUUCUGCGAUGCCGAAAUCUGCAUAGGUCAGGCAUCUGGGAGUCAGCAGUUUGUGCUUCCUGAUACUUGCUUUGCCACCCUUGAUGAGGAGUUUGCUGGUGACCCCUCGUCAGCUCAUCUGUUAUUCCCUAUCAUGCCUACUAUAGCUCUCUACGUCUUAGGCACUCAACGCGAGGCGCCUAGGUCACAUGGUUUAAGCGUACCAGACCCAGUGAUGGGAGCCACCGCUGCUUGGAUUGACGUCGAUAUUGAGUCGCCCGCCGACGUGCACCUUCGCAACGCAUCCCUUCUUCAGCGGCACCCAGCUCGGCUAUACUUCUCUUCCCUCACUUCUGUCACCCAAGCUAUCGCGCAUUACGAUAGCUUCCGCUGGGUAUCCGAACACUUGGACUACUCGCGACUGAAGCAACGUGCUAGGCAAAAGGCAACGCUAGAGCAAUUGACGAAGACUCUGGUUGUGAAAGGCAGCGUGCUACUUGUCGACCUCACAGAUGAGGUUGAAAAAGUAGGCAACGCACCUGUAUCUGGUGGUUCCUUCGCAGACGUUUGGAAAGGUAUCUGGACGAAUUCCCACAAUGGGAUACAACCAGUUGCGCUCAAAUACCUUCGUCAGUACAUGCACAUGACAGACGAGCUCAAGGAGAAGCUGAUGCUGCGGCUUAAAUCAGAGGUCGUUGCUUGGCACCGUCUGCAUCACUCAAAUAUCGCGCAGCUCUAUGGCGUCGCUCAGUCUCCUAACUCCAUAGCCAUGGUCUCCCCUUGGUGCAACAACGGUACAUUGACACGUUAUCUGGAAAUGAAUCCCGAAGCAGAUCGAUUUGCAUUAAUUCAACAAAUAGCUUCAGCAGUCAGCUAUUUGCACAACUGCCAGCCAAUCGUUAUCCACCGCGAUCUCAAAGGCUCCAAUAUACUUAUCGGUGACAAUGGUCAAGCUCUCCUGACAGACUUUGGUUUGUCAAAUGUCAUGGAAGAAGUCCUUGAAUCCGAGCCCAGCAUGCGGAACACUCGUUUUGCAACAUCUCUCUUCGCUGGUUCAACUCGUUGGAUGGCACCUGAACUCAUUGAAGCGCUCACCAAUGAUGAUGAUGCUGAACCGCCUCCGAUCUCCACUAGCACUGAUGUAUACGCUUUUGCAUGCGUUUGUCUCGAGGUUGCAACCGGUUGUCUUCCUUUCUCGCAUAGAAGCAACGAUACUGCAGUCAUCUUCGACAUCAUGAGGGGCGUGAAGCCUUCCCGUGGAUCCACUGCCAUGAAACUCCGACUUCCGGAGAAGGAGGUGGACCACUUCCGGAAUCUCCUUGAUAGGUGUUGGAGCCCAGCGCCGUUCUUGCGACCUACCAUGACCGAAAUCAAACGAGAGCUGGCGGCUAUUGCAGGUUGCUGCAUGUAGACCAUUAUGCUUCUUCCGAAUCGUCAUAUGCAUGAUACAAUAUACCUCAAUUAUUUGCACGCAUUAUAUAUCACCCAAUGUACAACAUUACACAUUA